UACAAUUAAAAAUAUUAAAAAGGAAGUUUCUUUAUUUGUCAUAAAUCAACAAGCUUUCUGCACUGUAUCAAAAAGAAAAUAGAAAGGCGUUAUAUUAAACACAAAAAACUUUAAUCCUUUCCAACUAGAAAUAUCAUAAAGAAAAAGGAAAAAAAAGUUUCAGGAGGAGAAAAGUCACUGUAUUCCUUCUUCUUUUCUUGUUAGUACUUAUAUUGUGAAAAUGGGUGCUUUUUUCUCUAAACAGGUGGAAAGAAGAAAAGCAAUCCGUACUCAGAAAAAACUUCUUUGUGAUCUCAAGGACAAAGGUAGCGCAGAUUUCCCUGGUUGUGAUCAUUUCGUAGAUGAUAGGAAAAAUUGGAUGUCAACACUUGCCCUCGAUAAACUGCAUGUGAACCAGAUAGUUUGGCCCGGUACCCAUGAUUCAGCAACUAACAAAAUAGGGAUCCCAUUUAUUUCUCGACCUUUUGCCCGAACACAAUCACUGUCCAUUUACAAACAGCUGGUCAUGGGCACCCGUGUUCUUGACAUCAGAGUUCAAAAAGAUGGUCGUGUGUGUCAUGGUAUCCUAGUUUCUUGUAACGUUGAUGUUGUCAUCAACGAUGUCAAGAAAUUCCUGUCGGAGACACAAUCGGAGAUCAUCAUUCUCGAGAUCCGAACAGAGUUCGGACACGAUGAUCCACCUGAUUUCGACAAGUAUUUGGAGAAUCAGUUGGGUGAAUAUCUAAUCCACCAAGACGACUCUGUAUUCAACAAAACAGUAGCAGAGUUAUUGCCAAAGAGAGUAAUCUGUGUGUGGAAGCCAAGAAA